AUGGGCGACCUACAAGGACGGAAGGUCUUCAAGGUCUUUAACCAAGACUUUGUUGUCGACGAGCGCUACACUGUCACCAAGGAGCUCGGCCAGGGAGCUUACGGUAUCGUCUGUGCCGCCGUCAACAACCAAACCAACGAGGGCGUUGCCAUCAAGAAGGUCACCAAUGUUUUUAGCAAGAAGAUUCUGGCCAAGCGCGCCCUGCGCGAGAUCAAGCUGCUCCAGCACUUCCGCGGCCACCGCAACAUCACAUGUUUGUACGACAUGGACAUUCCUCGACCCGAUAACUUCAACGAGACCUACUUGUACGAGGAGCUAAUGGAGUGUGAUUUGGCUGCCAUCAUCCGAUCUGGCCAGCCUCUUACCGACGCCCACUUUCAAUCCUUUAUCUACCAGAUCCUUUGCGGUCUCAAGUACAUCCACUCCGCCAACGUUCUGCACCGAGAUCUCAAGCCCGGUAACCUGCUUGUCAAUGCCGACUGCGAGCUCAAGAUUUGCGAUUUUGGUCUUGCCCGAGGUUUCUCAGUCGACCCCGAAGAGAAUGCUGGAUACAUGACCGAGUACGUCGCUACUCGAUGGUACCGUGCACCUGAGAUUAUGUUGAGCUUCCAGAGCUACACCAAAGCCAUUGAUGUUUGGUCUGUUGGUUGUAUUCUGGCUGAGCUUUUGGGCGGACGACCUUUCUUCAAGGGCCGUGACUACGUCGAUCAGCUCAACCAGAUUCUUCACAUUCUCGGAACCCCCAACGAGGAAACCCUCUCCCGUAUUGGCUCACCCCGUGCCCAGGAAUACGUCCGCAACCUACCUUUCAUGCCCAAGAAGCCUUUCCCCAGCCUGUUCCCCCAGGCCAACCCCGACGCUCUCGACCUUCUCGACAAGAUGCUUGCCUUCGACCCUUCAUCCCGUAUCAGUGUAGAGCAGGCUCUCGAGCACCCUUACCUGCAAAUCUGGCAUGACGCUUCCGACGAGCCCGACUGCCCCACCACAUUCAACUUCGACUUUGAAGUUGUUGAGGACGUUGGUCAGAUGCGUGGUAUGAUUCUGGAUGAGGUUCAACGAUUCCGACAGAACGUCCGCACCGUGCCUGGCCAAAGCGGUGGAGGUCUUCAGGGCCAGGGUGUCCAGGUUCCUCUGCCUCAGGGCAACGGUCAAUGGACUGCUGAGGACCCUCGACCUCAGGAGUAUGCUGGUCACGGUAACACCGGACUUGAGCAGGAUCUUCAGGGAGGCCUGGAUGCUUCUCGAAGAUAA